ACCACUCUACGCGAUUUCUUCGCGUACUGCGGACCCGUGGACCCGCGUCAUUUCCCCUUGCCGUUGCCAAGUCAAUUCAACCUUAAAACAUCUUCCCUAGUAGUCUCCUUCUCAUACUGUACUUCUGUACACCUACACCUUCUACCUUCCUCUUCACCAAUCCUUAUUUCGAGCUUCAUACUUUCCUCAAUUACACCAACAAGCACAAUUGAACAUGGUGCGAUCUGCGCUUGGAAAGAGAACUAGAAGUUCGAAGGAUAGUGAGAUCGUAGACGUGCCUUCAAAGCGAACAAGAAGACAGACUCGCAGCUUCGCACAAAACGAUGAGAACGCAGACCCGAAAGAAACUGCUGUGGAUGAUGAGCCCGAUUGCGACAUCGGCGCGAUAGAUAUCAAGUCAUCUCCUCUUAAGCAGGAAUAUACACCGCUCACGCCUACCACUCCUCGUCGUCGAGAUGCUCUUUCCAAAGUACCCGUCACGCCCCGUCAUCGGGUGAUGUCUGCCGGGAAGAUCUCCAAACGUCUUUUCCCCACGACACCACUCACGCCUACCGCAGUGCAAACUGUCUAUCACCACGCUCGCCAACUCUUCUCUCGAAGUGCCGAUCCUGGCCAAUUGAUCGGACGAGACGACGAACGUGCACAACUCAAGGAGUUCUUGCAGCGAUGUUCGAAGUCUAACCCCGGCGGAUGUAUCUAUGUCAGCGGGCCCCCAGGUACGGGUAAGAGUGCGAUGGUGAAUGAGGUCACCCAAGAACUGGUCGAGAAGGGAACGGUGAAAAAGGCAUACAUCAAUUGCAUGAGCAUAAAAUCGUCUAAAGAUCUCUACGGAACUCUGUUAGACCAGAUCUGCGAUGAGUCCGAUAUUCCCGAAGGCGACGCGGCGACGACUGUCCAGAAGCUCUUCAUGCCUCGCAAAAAGUCGACGGAUACCUAUAUGGUUGUUCUGGACGAGAUUGAUCACAUCCUCACGUUGGACUUGGAAAGUCUAUAUCAGCUAUUUGAAUGGUCUAUGCAGAAGUCAUCUCGUCUUGUCCUAAUAGGUAUCGCAAACGCGCUGGACCUGACGGACCGGUUUCUCCCGCGCCUGAAAUCCCGGAAUCUGAAGCCAGAGCUUCUACCGUUUCUACCAUACUCGGCUGCACAAAUUAAGACGAUAAUCACGGGUCGUCUCAAGAGCCUCGUACCCGAGGGCAGCCCCUUACCUUUCAUCCAUCCGGCCGCCAUCGAGCUUUGUUCCAGAAAGGUUGCUAGUCAGACAGGCGACUUGCGUAAGGCCUUCGAGAUAUGCCGGAGAGCCAUUGACCUUGUGGAGAUGGAAACGAGACAGAAGCACGAGGCUGAGAUUAAGGAGAAGAUACUCCUGGCUACGCCAUCCAAGAAACCUCUUGGAGAAAAUGUGCACCUAUCGCCUAAGAAAUCGAACAGGGGCCCAUCGGCCAUGCUAGCCGAAUCUCUGAAGAGCUUGACAGUGGAGACGGCGCCUCGCGUGAGCAUAGCUCACCUCAACAAGAUUACCGCCGCCGCCUUCAGCAACGGGACGAAUCAGCGACUCAAGACCUUAAACUUGCAACAGAAGGCGGCAUUAUGUUCCCUGGUGGCUCUGGAGAAGCGGAAUAGGACUGCACGGACUACGUCUAUCCCAUCUACACCAUCCAAGUCGCAGACUAUCGCUCCAAGCAUCAAGCUAUUAUACGAGACGUACUGCCUACUAUGCACUCGAGAGUCAGUGCUGCACCCGUUGUCUAGUUCAGAGUUCCGCGAAGUCAUAGGCAGUCUGGAGACGUUGUCCCUGGUCUCCGCCGUGGAUGGAAAGACGGGCUCUCUCGCAUUGCUGCACACGCCGAGCAAACGUGGAAAGAGAGGUGGAUUCGCGUCUGGUGUCGGGUUGGCGGACGAGAAGAGAGUGGCGAGCUGCGUAGGCGAGAAGGAGCUCGAGCAGGCUGUGGAGGGACUCGGGGUUGAUAUUCUGAAGAGCAUUCUGAGCGGAGAGGCGUUGGAUUGAAUGAUUAGAUGGGUUACGGUCUUGCAUGAACAUGGCGUUGCAUUGCCGGCGUUUGCGAGAAGCAUUGCAUACCUAAAUAUUAAACAGAAAGGAGCCCCUUAUAAUGAGGGCUCAUCAAAUGAUAAUGUGUAAAGAACCCAAAGAUUGAUGUCUUACUAAAGUUACAUGGAAUCGUAUGAAUUCUUCGAGUAGCUAAAAUAUUGAUGACUACCUACCUACCUACCUUCUAAGAAGAUAGCGUGUUCCUUAUUUCGGAUACUACUGCUUGGUAGGGAUCAUGUAUUGCCCUAUGGGGAAGAAGUGAGGUUUAAUCUGAAUAGGGGUAGUGUACAAGUGGGUAAGCACUCUAGCCCCCAAAUCAAGAAUCCAAAUAGUUCAAGACCUAUGCCAUUCUAUUGGGUUGGCAUGAGAUUCGAAUUCAAAGGAGAAUACACUGUUUAAUUUAUAUCCCAUGUAACAAGCAUGAUAG